UCUGUUCGCGCAUGCGCAGAGCCUUCUUUUUUGCGCUUCCCGCGCCCCCGCCCCUCUCUGUCUUCUCUACCCUGGGAGCAGCUCUCUUGCCUUGGCCCCUCACCCCUGAAAAUGUAUGCCUGUUCCAGGUUCAUCUCCACCCGCUCUUUGGUCAGGAGCACCUCUCAGUUGCUGAGCCGUCCUCUGUCUGCCGUGGAGCUGAACCCACAGACUUGGAGAGAUGAGGCCCUCAGCAGCUUGCCAGUCCCUCGUCCUUUGACCUCACUCGUCCCUAGCCGCAGCUUCCAAACCAGUGUCAUUUCCAGGGACAUCGACACAGCCGCCAAGUUCAUUGGGGCUGGGGCUGCUACUGUUGGGGUGGCUGGCUCUGGGGCUGGGAUUGGAACUGUUUUUGGGAGCCUCAUCAUUGGUUAUGCCAGGAACCCUUCUCUGAAGCAACAGCUCUUCUCCUACGCCAUUCUGGGCUUUGCCCUCUCAGAGGCCAUGGGGCUCUUUUGCCUAAUGGUGGCCUUUCUCAUCCUCUUCGCCAUGUGACACAGCUGUCUCCACUGCACCCCCAUAGUUCUUUUGUGUCCUGUCUGCCCUGUGUGUUCCUUUUCCUGUACCUCCCCAGGAAGUCUGGGGAAGUGAUUGGCUCAGGGUUUGACAGAGAGAAGACAAAUAAAUACUGUAUUAAUAAGA